CAAGAUUGUGUUGCAGUGGAUGGUGGCUAUACUCUUUUUAUAAAACAAUUUGAAUCCUUCUGUAAAAAUAAAAACAUUGAUUUAAAUGAUAAAAACUUUUUCUAUCCUAUUCGUAAAGAAACAGGUAUACCAUUAAAUAAACAAGAAGAAUAUUAUAACCGAGUAUUUGGUAGUUUUAGAAUUGUAUUUUUACUAAAAGAUAUCCAGAAUUUUGUUAAUAAGUUUAAUAUUAUAGAACAAGAACAGCAUAAAAUUUGGAUAAAUGAUAAUUCUGAUUUUCCAAAUGAUAUGAGAUUAAUAGAUAUAGUAUAUACAAAUCAAAUGGAACAAAUAGAAAAAAUAAAAGAUUUAAAUAAAAUUCAAAUGGAUAUUGAUGAUAACAAUAAUGAUCAUAAUGAUACAGAUAUUGAUUUUCCUGAAUAUCAUAAUAUAUCUAAAGAAAGAAAAAGAAGGUCAAAGAAUAAAAAUAAAAGUUUAAAUAUAUAUGAAUAUAGAAAUGUUCAAAAAAUAGUAAAUCACAAGAUAGAAAAUAAAAGAUAUAUGUUUUAUGUGAAAUGGAAAGGCUACCAAGAUGGUGAUAAUAGUUGGGUUCAUGAAAGUGAUUUUAAACAAAAACAAAUAAUUAUUGACUAUUUUAAUGAAAAGAAUAUAUUAUAUACUUCAUAA